GGUUGUGAUAGGUCUGGUUCUGGUGUCGCUGCAGUCUCCUUCAGCUCGCCCUCCAACCGGUGACGCCUGCUCUAGCUGUGCGGUGUUAAGAACAUCCUAAGAAAACUCUCAAGUUCAACACUACCCUCAUCUACUCCUGAAAUAAUGGCUGUGCCUCCUUCAUACGCUGACCUGGGCAAAUCUGCCAAGGACAUCUUCAACAAAGGCUACAGUUUUGGUCUGGUGAAGCUUGAUGUCAAAACAAAGUCUGCUAGUGGAGUGGAAUUCAAAACAUCCGGCUCAUCCAACACUGACACCAGCAAAGUCGUAGGUAGCCUUGAAACUAAGUACAAGAGGUCAGAAUAUGGGCUGACCUUCACUGAGAAAUGGAACACCGACAACACCUUGGGAACAGAAAUCACAAUUGAAGAUCAGAUUGCAAAAGGAUUGAAGUUGACUUUUGACACAACUUUCUCACCAAACACUGGCAAGAAGAGCGGCAAAGUUAAGACCGCCUACAAGCGUGAGUACGUCAACCUGGGCUGUGACGUCGACUUUGACUUCGCCGGUCCCACCAUCCACGGAGCUGCCGUCGUGGGCUACGAGGGCUGGCUCGCCGGUUACCAGAUGAGCUUCGACACCGCCAAGUCCAAGAUGACGCAGAACAACUUCGCCAUCGGUUACAAGACCGGAGACUUCCAGCUUCAUACCAACGUUAAUGACGGAGCAGAGUUUGGAGGCUCCAUCUACCAGAAGGUGAGCGACAAACUGGAGACUGCCGUCAACCUGGCCUGGACCGCUGGCAGCAACAGCACUCGCUUCGGUAUUGCAGCUAAAUAUCAGCUGGACAAGGAAGCUUCCAUCAGUGCUAAAGUGAACAACAAUAGCCUUGUUGGUAUUGGUUACACCCAGACUCUUAGACCAGGUAUCAAACUCACUCUGUCUGGUUUGAUUGACGGAAAGAACAUCAACGCAGGAGGCCACAAGCUGGGUCUGGGCUUGGAACUGGAAGCCUAAAAUCGCCCCCCCCAAACCCCGACUGCAGAAGGACUAGGGAAUAUCAGAAGAAUCUGGCCUUAAAAAGUGUGUGUCCAACUCCAACCAGCAGAGGGAGAUCUUUGGGAUAUGGAUUCAAAGGCUGCAAUCGAAGUACCACAUCACACUGGUGCUUUGGAUCUUUCACCUGGGUUGCUUUUCACUGCGUAGCUGCGUCUGCUCCGACAGUUGGUGGCGCUGUUGUCUGUGUUUCAGUACAGUCUCUCAUCACUCUGACUUUGUUUUUUUUUUCUUUUCUGUGAUCUAAUACCAGACACUCCACUUGUCAUGUUUUUGUGCAAACACCAGUUAAUGAAUUUGCGUGGCGAGCAGCGGGGAACCUCCGCUCCCAUCGUUACAGACACUACUCUCUGAUAUUCCUUUGUCGUUUGCAAACCUUGUCAAUCACACUAGGCUUUUUACGCUUUUAUUUAAAAAAGAAAUAAAUAAAUUGAUCCACCCUUUCUUGUCCAUGCGCUAAAGGAAACGCUGUACCUCUGUAAUUUGUCUUGUGUUGCCCCCACCUGACCGCAAACUAGGGAGUCACAGCUGGUUACUUAAAAAUUGACUUUGUAAAGAAUCCUGUACACUUGGCUGAUCAUGCAGAUUUAGUGGUUGUUGAUGCUUAUGCUAGGAGGUGAAUCAGGGCACGGAAAUGUUCACAGUAAUGCCAAACAAUCCUUGUUCAAAAGACGUGACUUUGUCGCACGUGAGCGCUCCUGGAACAUGGUUCCUGGGAAGUCCUGGAGGUUCUUGUGUGUGUGUAAGUUUUCAAUAAAGUCAUUGAACAUCACACGUGUACUUGCUGUUGUGUUUUUGUUUUUAUUGAUUUAUCAGAUGUUAUUUAGGAGAAGUACUGCUCAGGUAUUUAAAAAAAAAAAAAAAACAAUCAAAGGGAAUGGGUGGCU